AUGGAGGAGGCGGGUGGGAGAAGCCCCCUGGCUCGACAUCAUGAGCAUCAAGAACAGACAUCACCGCAGCAGCAGAAGCACGAGCACCGACAGCAGCGGCCUUCCAAGGUGGUGCCGCGGCGCAGCGUGCCCAACAUUCAGCCGCUGGUCAUCGAGGAGAAGAGCCCGUCAACGUCGGACGACAGGAAGCGCGUGCUGCGCAACCUGCUCGUUGUCAGCAUGAGCUUCCUGCUGCUCUUCACGGCCUACCAGUCGAUGCAAAACCUGCAGAGCAGCCUGAACCCGGAGGCCGGCCUCGGAACCGCCUCGCUGGCCACCAUCUAUGUGGCGCUCGUCUUGUCGUGCAUGUUCGUGCCCACGUACAUGAUCCGGCGGUUGGGCCUCAAGUACACCAUGGUGACGUCGGUGGUCAUGUACAUGCUCUACUUUGUGGCCAACAUGGAGCCCAGCUGGUACACGCUGCUGCCCGCGUCGCUCGUGCUGGGCAUGGGCGGGGCGCCUCUCUGGACCUCAAAAUGCGCCUACCUCACGUACCUGGCGCAGGAGUACGCCGACCAGGUGGGCGCUCUCGACUCGGCGCCAUUCGUGGCCGGCUUCUUCGGUGUCUUCUUCAUGCUCUUCCAGACUACUCAAAUAUGGGGCAACCUGAUCGCCUUCAUCGUGCUACGGCCGCCCAACAUGACCGAGGUGAUCGCCGACAUCGAGCAGUGUGGCGCCUCGUUCCACCCGACCGAUGACUUGGCCAUGCUAAACCAGACCAACCUGGGCGUCGUGAGCCGCAUGCAGACGUACACGCUGAGUGGUGUUUACACGUGCUGCGUGCUGUCCUCCAUUGUGAUACUCGUCGCCUUCCUGGACCCUGUGCGCAAGGAGGUGUCCGAUCCAAACCCACCCAUGCAGCUGCUCGUUGAGACGCUGUACCAUAUGCGCCGGGGCUACCAGCAGCUUAUCAUACCGCUCACCAUAUACAGUGGUAUGCAGCAGGCUUUCUUCUCGGGCGACUUCACUCAGGCGUACAUCAGCUGCUCCUGGGGCGUCCAGUUCGUCGGCUUCGUCAUGAUCUCGUACGGGCUCACCGACGCCACCUGCUCCAUGGCAUUCGGCUUUCUUGUCAAACGUGUCGGCCGCGUACCCAUCGUAUUGCUGGCUGCAUUGCUCAACAUCGCCGUCAUGAUCCUCUUGUUCACCUGGCACCCGCGCCCGUCGGAGUUACACAACUUCUUUAUCAUCGCCAUGCUGUGGGGCAUGGCCGACGCCUCCUGGCAGACGCAGAUCAAUGCUUUCUACGGCGUCAUCUUUGCUGACGCUCGCGAGCCGGCGUUCGCCAACUACCGCCUGUGGGAGUCCAUGGGCUUCAUCAUCAUGUUCGCCGCACAAAGCCACCUGCGCGUCUACGUCAAACUUGUGGCGCUCGUAGUGGCGCUCGUGAUCGGCAUGGUCGGCUACCUGAUCAUCGAGUUCCAUAUGAGCGGGGAAAACAAGUCACCCAUGUAGCACAAGCGUCGACCACGACUGUGGGGUACUCUGCUUCACGGACUGCCGGCUAGACGUCACCUCUCUCGUUCGCCGCGCAGAUGUUCUGCAGUGUCACAGAUUCUCCGCUGGGUCAUAUUUCGAGUUCCGAGGACCUAAGUGGCCUAAGUCUACUCUGCAGCGUCGCGAGAUAAAGCAUCUUCAGCGUCACAGCUUUGAAGCAGUCACAAUGGUGACUUGCCAGCGGGUUUCCAUGAUUCAAUCUACUAUCGCGUGGACUGGCGAUGAAUAUGUCUUGAGCCUUGCGUGUAGACUGUGUCCCGGUGAACUGUUUUCUUGUGUGUGCGUUCUGAUACAGAUUGCUUCGGGAUUCUCACGUUUACUUCAUUCUAUACGCAAAAUACAGACGUGUCACGAGCGUGAUUGGCGCCCGAUUUUGUUGCCAUGCCGCCAUGUGGACGCUAUAUGAGGGCUCGCAAACGUUCGUUAAAGGAGCGCUUUAUCGUUUUUUUUUUUUUGUUCUUGUGUUUUACCCAGCAACAACAUGUUAUUCUGUCUGCCCUGCUCCACGCACCAUUAAAACGUAUAGCGGCUCUUUGGGUCAACGGUGAAGCCGUUAUCUUUAUUUCACGUCUAACACUCAGUGAUUUUCUCCGCGGUUACUGUAUCAAGUGUGCAUUUCUGGUGGACUCAAAAGCAGCUAAGACGUUGCGGUUGUCUUACUGUAGAAACGAGCACGUUAGAAUUUACUACCGAGUGAAUUAAUAUUUCUAACAAAGGAAUGUCCAGAUAACACACCAACUGCUUUUACGCACGCGAAGAUUCCGAGCUUGCGUUUCUUUAAUUAAAAAUGAUAGGUGCAUUUGACUUAUAUAGACCAACAAACAAUUACAAGCGCACCGAAUGACCCUGGCUCUCACUCGGCUUCGCGCGCACACACACGCACACACCCACGCACGCACGCACCCACACACGCAUGUAAUAAUAUAUGUGUCUAAUAAACGUAAUUAUUUUUAUAACACUGCCACACCUCGUUUUACAAAUCAAUGCGCCCAUUCCUGCGGCGAGCGUCGGCGUUGUCCCUCGGCGUAACCGAGCGAACAAGCACAACGAAGAAUGAAAGAGCGAACGCGGAGCGCUGCGGGCGAUGAAACACGUCCGCGCACCUGCGGCAGCGCCGGCGCCCGCUGAGCGAGACAAAAAAAAAAAAAAAAAAGAA